CUCUGUGGCUCGCACACACAACAGCAGUGAGUGAACAGGUGAACACGAGUGUUUCUCUCGCCUCUGACGGCGGAUGUUUUCUCAUGGAUGGAGCUGAAGAAGUCUUUUACCAUUUGAAGUUAUUUUAUUUUUUUCCUAAGUGAUGAAGAUGUCUGUUUUCUGUGGAGUGCCGGAUAAUUUUCAGCCUAGACGCUUUUGUUUUUUCUGAAGUCAACUAACUUAAUUCAUCAUCUACAACUACAUCAUAAUUUUUUUUUUUUUUUUAGCAUUUGAGCGGACCUAUAUUAUUUUAAAAUGGCUUUCGCAAAAUUCAGCAAGAUGAUCAGAUUUCCUGCGAUUGACAUCAAGAAGAAAACCAAGCAGUACGAGCACGUUCACCGGGAUGUAAAUCCCAACGACAUGUGGGAAAUUAUCGGGGAACUUGGCGAUGGUGCUUUCGGUAAAGUUUAUAAGGCCCAGAAUAAAGAAACUGGUGUGCUAGCUGCAGCUAAAGUGAUCGAAACCAAAAGUGAGGAGGAGCUGGAGGACUAUAUGGUGGAGAUCGACAUCUUAGCAUCUUGCAAUCAUCAGUACAUCGUCAAACUUCUCGAUGCCUUCUUCUACGACAACAAACUCUCGAUAAUGAUCGAGUUUUGUGCUGGAGGUGCAGUCGAUGCCACCAUGUUAGAGUUGGACAGGGGUCUUCAAGAACCUCAGAUCCGGGUGAUCUGUAAACAGAUGUUGGAGGCUCUUGUGUACCUCCACAGCAUGAAGAUCAUCCACAGAGACCUGAAGGCUGGAAACAUUCUCCUCACACUGGAUGGAGACAUCAAGCUAGCGGAUUUUGGAGUUUCUGCAAAAAAUACCAAAACUCUCCAAAGGCGAGACUCUUUCAUUGGGACUCCAUAUUGGAUGGCUCCAGAGGUUGUGAUGUGUGAGACCAUGAAGGACGCUCCAUACGACUAUAAAGCUGACAUCUGGUCACUGGGCAUCACGCUGAUAGAGCUGGCUCAGAUAGAGCCGCCCCACCAUGAGCUGAACCCCAUGAGGGUCCUGCUAAAAAUUGCCAAGUCUGAGCCGCCCACCCUGGAACAGCCUGCCAAGUGGUCAAUGGAAUUUAACGAUUUCCUGAAAAAAGCAUUGGACAGAAACCCUGAGACGAGGCCAACGGCUGCUCAGCUUCUAGAACAUCCUUUCGUGAGUUCAGUAAAGACCAACCGUCCGCUGAGAGAGCUGGUGGCAGAGGCCAAAGCUGAGGUGAUGGAGGAGAUCGAGGACAAUCAUGAAGAAGGAGAAGACGAAGACCCUGCUGAUCUGACUCCUGUACGGGCUCCGGUCAAAGACCCAUCAGAAACCAGUGAGACCAGUUUAUAUGGGGACCAUCCCCAAGACACACCUCACACUGAAACUCAAAUGGUGAUUGAGGAGGAGCUCAGGACCCUCGUGCCCACCGAAACUCCUUUGAAAGAGCAGGAGGACAAUCUCAGCGAGUUUCCAGAGGAAGAUCAUGACAAACCCGAGAGCGAGGCAUCAGGCAAGGCCUCCAGCUCCGACUCCGGCAUUGAGGAUGGAAAAAGCUCGCCCACCUCUGAAGAGGACACCAAAGUGGUCGAGAGCUCUGAACCAGAGCUUCCUUUACUGAGGACAGCAGAUCCUUCAGAGUCAUCAGAAUCUUCUUCAGACACCAUGGAGCAGCCCUCAGCGGUGUCAGAGAAACCAGAGGAACCGGAGAAAGAAGCUCACAGUGGAGUAAUGCCUAACCAGCAACCAUGUACCGUGCUGGACCAAACUGAGUCCAAAGAGCCGGACAAUCGUGUGUCUGUGGUGAGCGACAGGUCCUCUUUGGGUGGUGAGGAUGCAGAAAGCUUGGUUCCUCACACAAAUGGCAGAUUAUCAAAACGAUACUCCGAUGUGGGUAGUGAAAACAUGGACAUCAGCCUGAACCUGUCAGGUCAUAUGUCUGUCAACAAGGACUUGGGCACCAUCACUUUAUGGGACUCCAAGAAGACGCUCAAACGCACCCGUAAGUUCUUGGUUGAUGGUGUGGAGGUGAGCAUCACCACCUCCAAAAUCAUCACUGAUGAUGAGAAGAAAGACGAGGAAAUGAGGUUCCUCAGGCGUCAGGAGCUUCGAGAUCUGCGUCUGCUGCAGAAAGAGCAGCAUCGCGCUCAGGCCGUGCUCAACUUGAAGCUGAAAGAUCAGCGGGAACAGAUGCAGCGCAGAUUCGACCAGGAGAUGAAUGCCAAGAAAAAAUACUUCGACACGGAGCUGGAGACCCUGGAGAAACAGCAGAAACAGACCAUAGAGAGAAUGGAGAUGGAGCACACCGUACGGCUGCGGGACGAGGGUAAACGCAUUCGUGCUGAACAAGAAAAAGCCUACAACAAGUUCAUGGACCAGAUGAAACACAAGAAGAAAGAGGUCAAACAAGAAGUGGAGAAGCUGCCCAGGAGUCAGAGGAAAGACAGUCUGAAGGUCAAAAUGAGCAACUUUCAACAGAUGAAAUUAAAUGAGGAGGAGAAGUUCCUUGCAGAUCAGAGGGAUCAUCUUGACUCGACUCUGAAGAGGAUCAUUUCUGAAAAUAAGCGGGAAAUCUCCGAGACGGAGCGUCAGUGCCUCCUCAAAAAACAAGCUCUGCUUAGAGACCGAGAGUCCACUAUUUGGGACAUGGAAGAGAAGAACUUGCACGAGAGACACCAGCUCCUCAAACAGCAGCUGAAGGACCAGUAUUUCCUGCAGAGACACCAGCUCCUCAAGAAACAUGAGAAGGAACAGGAGCAGAUGCAGUGCUACAACCAGCGCAUGAUUGAGCUCCUCAAAGCUCGACAGCAGCAGGAGAAGAACAGGCUGCCCAAGAUCCAGCGCAGCGAAGGCAAAACACGAAUGGUCAUGUUCAAGAAGAGCCUGAAAAUUAACUCCACCGGAAGCUCAGCGGAAGACCGUGAAAAGAUCAAGCAGUUCACCAGGCUGGAGGAGAAGAGGCAGAAGGCCGAGCGAUUGCACCAGCAGCAGAAACAUGAGAACCAGAUGAGGGAGAUGAUUAACCAGUGUGAGGGGAACAGCAGAGAGCUGCAGCAGCUGCAGAAUGAGAAAUGUCACCUGCUAAUAGAAAACGAAACGCAGCGUCUGAAGUCACUGGAUGAGCAACACAACCAGCAGCUGAAGGAGUGGAGAGAACACCUCAAGCCCAGGAAGAAGGUUCUGGAGGAUGAACUGACCCUGAGGAAGAAAGAGCAGGAGCUUUUCUUCAGGAUUAGCGAAGAUUCCGAGUGUGUGAACGUCGGCUCACCGAACAAACUCACCAAGUUCCUUCCGUACGUCGAUUCCUCCACCACAUGAGCUCCUGCAUCAGACUCGCAUCCAGCUCCACACCAAGUAUUUUAGCUUUUUAUUGUUGUAGGUGAUACACAAAGAAACAUUUUCUGGAGGCGUAAUCAGAUAAAUGCACAAGAAUGGCCUCUGGAGUCAGUGAAUGCAGUUUAAAGCACCAUUAGAAUCACAUGAUGCUGAAGGGAAAGCAGCGCAAAGCCAAAGAUCCAUUAAAAUGAGACUAACGACACACACACCGACAGAUUCAUCAGAACAGUCACUUGAAAUGACAUUCAGAUACCACUUUAUUCAUUUAACAGCAGGUUUAGUGCUAGACAUCUGGAUGCUUUGAUGCGUUUAUUCAGAUUUUGUAUCAUGAACCGUGUCACUAGAACAACUCACUCACGUCUGACGGACUUAAAAGCUACUGUUGUAAUUUUAUCUUCAAGUUAGCAAAAAGUGUAUUGCCAAACAUUGUAUAAACCUCGCAUAUUCUUAUAUAUUUUUAUUUUUUCUAUGAUCAUUUAAUAUAUAUAUAUAUUGAAACUUUAUCACUUUUCUUUUAUAACCGAUUUCGACCUUGUACAAAUGUUUAAAUGCUGAAAAAAAAGGAAUUUGUUUUAAUUUUUUGAACUUGCUUCACGUGUUUUUCUUUACUGAAGUGAAGUGUUCAUUUUAAUUGGUACAUUUAAGUUAUUUUACUCGUUUGUCGGAUGAUUUUGUUGUUUUAUGUACUAGACAACAACUAAUUUGCCACUUUUAUUAUUCUGCAAUGUUCACCAAAAUGUGCACGAGUUAUACUCUGCCACGAACUGUCAGUGGCUCAUUUACUGUAAACGCGUCACACUGGAUGAGACGGGACGUGUGAUCCCGGCAGCGCCAAAACUCGAGACGUCGGGGAUGAGAUAUUUGUUUACGCUGAAAAGGAGACACUUGGCACGCUCGAUGUUUUCUUGUUUAGUUUAUUGUUGAGUGUUUUGUCUGUCGCUGUUUAAAGCACUGUCACCUAACUCAAGUGCAAUAUGUUGUGUUCAGAUUUUAUACACGUGUUAUUUUACAACAGCUUCCAUUUUUUAGCCAUUUGAAGGAUUUGUUUUUUUCCAAAACUAGUAGUGUGUCUGACAAUAGGGUACUUGGAUUUUACACUUUUUUUUUUUUUUUUUUUUUAAAUGCACAAUGUUGAUCUUUUCUUUGAGUCUGUAACUCUGUGUAACCAAAGGUUCAGUGGAUGAUGCCUCUCCUGAUGUAAGAAACUGUCGUCCUGCAAGAGUAUAUAUAUAAUAAAUGAGAUGUUUAUUAUUCA